GACGCGGUCCACUGAUCGAUUCAGCCAUAAAAGCGAGGAAACAAAAGAGCUCGGACCAAAGAUACAAUCCAGAAGGGAGAAGACAGCCGACCCACCAACUCUUGCCGCAUUCUACACCGUCGGUUCUUGACCGUCUUCGCUGAAUUCUGCUGAGGUCGUCUCUCUCCUGGGUCCUGGGUAGUCAAUCAGCUUGACUGGUUCCUGACCCAACCAGGCUUGAUCUGUCCUCAUCGCACUCGAAUUCAACGGUGAACGCCGAAGAGUCGACUCGACCUGCUUGGAGAUAAACCAGCUGCUGAUCUUUGCACGCGGCCUAAUCGCUCCUUGAACUGAACCCUCGUGGGUUUCUUUACUCGGAAAGGCAGUUUCCUCGGACGAGCCGCUUUUGCUGCACUCACACAAUGGUGGCGACGCAAUUCGGAAAUUUCGGCAACUUCUGCCGAGAUUCUACCCUGCCAGUCUGCAACCUCCUCUCGACAGCACACAACCAGAGCGGGCCAUGGGACACGGCCGAUAGCUGCCACCUGGUGGGCAUCCCACUGAGUGGUGGGCGACACCUGGGCAACCUGGGAUCGAUAUUAUUAUGCGGCUUUGCUAUUCUGACGAGCAUAUACCUGAUCUUGCGGUCUGAGAGAAAACGGGCUGCUGUCGGCAGAAGGGAAAUGCAACUGUUCCUCGCCUGUUACCUCGUCCUGUCGAUAUGCGAGAUCUUCACCGUUGGAGAGUUUCCUCUCGAGUCUCGUGUUCGAGUUGCCUUCACUGGAAUUCACAUCGGCUUCAUCAUCGCCACGACAUGGAUACUUAUGCUCAACGCAGUCGUCGGAUACCAGGUUCUAGACGACGGGACGCCACUCUCUCUGGGUCUGCUACUUAUCUCAGCCGCCAUCCUUCUCAUCGGCACCGGUUUCAUCGCCCUCGCCACUGGUUAUGGUUGGACAGGCUAUUGGGAUGGGAGCUACCAAGCGCCCUAUCGAAACAUCGCCCUCUACGUGCUCUACCAGCUCAUCCCGCUCAUCUUCCUCGUCGCCUUCUAUGUUCUCGAGACCGUCCUCGUCCUAAGAGUUCUCGGUGAGACGAGACCCAUGAUCUACCUGACUCUGGCUGCCGUCCUCUUCGCCCUUGGCCAGAUCUUCAACUAUGCCAUCAGUUCUCAUAUCUGCGCCGGCACAAACGGCAAGAUCGACGGUGCGCUCUUCGAGACACUCUUCACACUCCUGUCCGUCGUAAUGAUCUGGAUCUUCUGGUCCUCAAUCACAGAGGACGACUGGCCAAUGACGGUCGGAAACACGUAUCCAUAGUUUGUCAGUUCCCGGAACCGGGUCAGACACUCCCCCUUCAUUUUCCUUCUCUACUUUCUUAAGCAUUAUAAUGAUACCAGCCUUCGAAGGGCAGGCGGGGAGGGCGUGUGGGCAGUUGGCCGGAUAAUCUAUACCCAGUCGAUCAAUGAUAAUGUGGAUACGAUAGAAUAUCAAUCAAUCAAUACCCGUCU